AAUAUGUUAAAGAUUUUCUUGAAUUUCAUUCCAAUACAAUAUCAACCCAUUUUGUUAUCAAAUUUUCACACUUUUAAAUUUCAAAACACUUCAUAUAUCAACACGUUUCUAUUUUAAUUACCUCUAGUUAACAUUUAAGUAAAUCAAAUUUUGGCAAUUAAGUUUGUUAGUAUUUAAAGUUGCUCUAUAAAAACCAAUUGGGAAACUUGAUCUAUUUCAGUAUUACAAAUGGAUUAUUCAAAAGGAAAUAUUGCUAAAGAUAAUACUUCAGAUAAACUGAUAAUAAAGGUUAAGGUUGCGGGCGAGAAUUAUCAUGAUCUAUUAAUAGACUGGUCAGAAAAGAGUGGCCCAAACAAAGGACAACAAGUGGUUCACCAACUUUCAUUGAUAACAGGAAUUCCUGUCAAAAAUAUUGAUCGGAUUACCAUUGCAAAUCCACCACAUAUUAGAUACUGUUCCAUCCUGAAUGUUGAACGACGAGGAUUAAACCUUGAUCGAUGGAAAGAUGGAUUCACAAAGGAGAAUCUUUUGGGAAGGUUAAAUGAUGGCGAUUGCUUUGCUAUUUCCGAAGACUUGUGGCAUAAAGAUAGCGGUUUAUUCGAGUUCUCAAUAGUUUUGAAAAGUCGUGCUUUGUUUAAUGAGGAUGAGUGUACUUAUGAAUAUUGUCAUUAUGCAAAUAAUAGAGAUUUUUUGAACAGGCAAAUAGCAAUUGCUACAAACUCGCAAUUGCAUUUGAAAUUGAAUGCCUUUCUAGUUCCAAGAAAAUAUUUGCCAGUGAGGAGAAUUUUGAAAGAGCUAAACUUGCAACAGUUUGUUAAUUGUGCCCCUCCAUAUUGUAGCCAAGGGCCUUCAAUACAGGUAAGGCAACAGUAUUAUAUAGGAUUUGCUUCUAUUGUCAUGCCUUAUUACUCACGAACUCAUGGUUAACUUUUAUUCAUUUGUAUCCAAUCAAUAUUUAAGCAUACAAAAAUUUUCAAUAAAAUUAUAAUCAAUUUUCAACGUUUUUAAUGA